UGGAGUUUACUUUUGUAUCUUCUUUUGGAUCCUUCUUGGGAGAGAGGCAGAAUGAUUCCAUUUUGAAGGCGAGCACUGUAGGGGAGCUUACCAGCACCAAUUUUGGGAAUAACGACUCUUUAUCCUCUGGAAAUGUCUCACAGGACUUUAAAAUUAAUGUGUCCUUGCAUGCUGGGAUCCCAUCAAAGGUGGUGGAUCCUUCGCUUAAUAUGCUAUCCCACGUUGCUCUAGACAUGAACCAAUCAGUGAACAGUGUUAGUAACCUUAAUGACCGCCAAUUAAAAGAAAUCAUUGGUAACUUUAAGCAUGAUGGGAUAGCAGCAGCAGCUUUAAGUAGAAAAAGUAGUGAUUCUGUUUCUAAUACAAUUGCAACUAAUUUGGUGGAGGGUUUGGUGAAUGAUCAGUUUGAUUUACUAACCUAUACUAAAAGUGCUGAAAUGGUGUUAAAUAUUAGCCUUGCUCCAUCUGAGCCAGGAUCAGUGCUGGAUUCUGCUCACUGCUCACCUUUGCCGCCUGAUUUGCCUUUCUGUACUCAGCUGGGCAUAGAGUUUUUUGCCCUGCCCAACCAUAUGAACCACAGUACUGAGGUAGAGGUUCAAACUGGUUUGCAUGAGUGGGCGGGGUUAAUCAGCUCUGCAUGCCACAAGCAUUUGGAAUGGUUUUUCUGCUUGCUGUUUGUGCCUCAGUGCAAUGCCAGUGGCCGUAUAACACCACCUCCAUGUCGAAGGUCCUGUGAGGUCUUACAGGAUGAUUGCUGGAUGCUAUUGGAAGAGGGCCGCCUCCCACUGUCAUGUGACUCUCUUCCCGAGGAGGAUACUGAUGCUUAUUCAUGUGUGUCUGUUUACAGUACCACAGAUGCAGAUGCUGCCAUAUUAGAAGUGUCUUUGACACAGUUGAUCGGAGACCCCCCACCACAAGGUGUAUCAAAGGUUUCUGGUUCAAGUGACAUCCCUGGUUAUACCUUUGCUGCAAAUUCUGAAGUAAGCCGUCUCGCUGAGUAUUACAUGCCAAGCCCUUUCUUCAGAGACUUUUCCUUGCUUUUUAAUAUUCAGCCAACAACGGAGAAGGCUGGAUACCUGCUAGCUUUAACAGAUAAUUCUCAUUCCAUUGUAUAUGUUGGAGUCAAGCUAUCAGAAGUAAAGAAUGGGAAGCAGAAGAUUGUGUUCUACUACACAGAGCCAGGUUCAGACAGUUCCUAUAUGGCAGCCACCUUUGAGGUAGACUCAUUAGUAAACCGCUGGACACGUUUUGCCAUCUCUGUGGAGGAUGAGGAAGUGGCCUUGUAUUUAGAUUGUGCUUUUAACCAGAAAGUGGCUUUUGAAAGGUCACCUGAUGAGAUGGAACUGGAUAAAGGAUCUGAAGUCUUCAUUGCUCAAGCUGGAGGAAGUCAUCCUGAAAGAUUUCAGGGUGUGAUUGGAGACUUGAAGAUUGUAGGAAACCCUGCUGCAGCAGAGGUUCAAUGUGAAGACGAGGAAGAUGAUAAUGAUGGACCCUCUGGUGACUAUGGAAGUGGAUAUGAAGAGAGAGGAGAGGUGAUAAAAGAGGAUAGAGUACCAUUACCAGUACCAAUGGCACAACCUCCGCUCACUCCUCCAACCAGCGUUAGGGGUAAAACCGAACAGACCUACUUACAAAGUGCAACAAAAGAAGUGGCUAGUCCUGUGUCAGGUGAGCUGUAUUUUGGUAUAAAGGGAGAAAAAGGUGACAGGGGUGAAAAGGGUGACCGUGGUCAAGAGGGUCCAAAGGGUGAAAUCGGGACUGUUUCUGCAGGAAGAGCUAUUAAAGGUGAAAAGGGAGAAAAGGGAGAGCUAGGUGAACAGGGGAAGGCUGGAAUUGGAAUCCCUGGCCAGAAAGGACAGAAAGGAGAAAUGGGACCUCAAGGAUUGCCUGGGCCUGCAGGCCCCCCAGGUCGUUCAUCAGCUGUGGAGCGUGGUGGUGGAUCUGCUGUAAGUCACCUUCCUGGACCACAAGGACCACCUGGUCCACCAGGUCCUCCUGGAAAAGAUGGAGAGAUUGGUGACCCAGGUGAAGAUGGCAAACCAGGAGAUGUGGGUCCCCAGGGUUUCCCUGGACCUCAAGGUGAACCAGGUGUUAAAGGAGAAAAGGGUAACCCAGGAGUAGGACUUCCUGGACCAGUUGGACCUCCAGGCCCACCAGGUCCCCCAGGACUUUCAGGUUCAUCUUCAAAGUUAGACAAGUUGACAUUCUUUGACAUGGAGGGAUCAGGUUUUGGAGAUCUCGAGUCCAUCAGAGGUCCUCCAGGAUUGCCUGGUGUACCAGGACUUCCUGGUCCCCCUGGAGUACCAGGAUUGCCAGGAUUACCAGGAAAGUUUGGAAUCAACAACACCGGGACACCCGGGCAGCCUGGCCUACCAGGUGCGAAUGGGAAAGAUGGGCUUCCCGGACUAACUGGACCACCAGGUCCGCCAGGUCCACCAGGGAGAGAUGGAUCUCCUGGGCAACCAGGCCUUCCCGGUCCACCAGGUGACCUAGGACUUCCAGGAUCUGUAGGAAUGAAGGGUGAAAAGGGAGACACGGGUCCACAAGGCCCUAUUGGUAGUGAUGGGUAUGCUGGUCUCCCUGGACCCAUGGGACCUAGAGGACUCCCAGGGCCUCCUGGUCCACCAGGACCUCCAGGAAAUGGAUGGAAUGUUGGAUUUGAUGACAUGGAAGGAUCUGGUGUUGUAACUGGUACAAGAGGCCCACAGGGAAUACCUGGCAUACCUGGACCUGUGGGACCAAAGGGUAUUCGUGGGGAAACAGGACUGCCUGGCUUACCAGGUCAGAAGGGGGAAGAAGGAAUAGCAGGAGCAGAUGGUCGCCCAGGAAUGGAUGGAUUCCCUGGACCAACGGGAAUGAAAGGUGCCAAAGGAGACCAAGGUGAAAAAGGAGAUGCUGGCAAAGAUGGAUCACCAGGUUCUCCAGGACCCCCAGGACCUCCAGGACAGCUUUAUAAUGUGGAUGCUAGUGGCAAAAUAGGUAUCCCUGGGCAUGCUGGAUUUCCCGGACCUAGAGGACCAAAGGGUGAACCGGGAUUUAAUGGGCAUUCAGGAGCAGAGGGGCCAAAGGGUGAGAAAGGAGAGCCAGGGCUGCUUAUUGGGCCAGAUGGAGCAACAUUUAGUCAUCUGCUGACUGGAGCCACGAAGGGAGAUAAGGGAGAUCAAGGACCAGUGGGACUUGUCGGCCCUCCUGGAUACCAAGGAUCUAAAGGGGAAAUAGGAAUGCCAGGCAGAGCAGGUCGACCUGGUAUAAAUGGACAGAAAGGAGAGAAAGGUGAACCAGCUGGAUUUUCUUCAGCCAUUAGGGGUCCUACAGGGCCUCCAGGACCUCCUGGCCCACCAGGUCCCCCUGGUCCUCCCAUCUAUGACAACAGAGUAUUCUCUGGGUUUGACUCUCCAGGCAUCAAAGGUGAACAUGGCCUUCCAGGAAUAAAUGGACAGAAAGGAGACAAAGGCGAACGGGGCAUCCAAGGACUACCUGGCCCUCCAGGACCAUCAGCUUAUGAUCUGAACCCAUACGGACCAAGAUCGGUGGGAGAAAAAGGUGAUAAAGGUGAACAUGGUCUCAAGGGUGAAAAAGGUGACUCAGGAGGAGGAUUUUUCCAUAGAAAUGCACAGGGACAUCCAGGCCCUCCUGGUCCCCCAGGGCCUGCUGGACCAAGGGGUCCAAAAGGAGACACCAUUGUAGGUCCCCCUGGACCUCCAGGUAAUCCUGGAGUUGUUCGUGAAGGUUACCGUGGGCCUCCUGGGCCACCUGGACCUCCAGGCCCACCAGGUGCACCAAGUACUGGAGUACGAGCUGUUCUUGGACCACCUGGCCCACCCGGCCCACCAGGACCUCCAGGAUCUGGGGUGACGGUUCUUCAGAAUUACCAGGCCAUGUUAAGCACUGGGUACCAAGUGCUUUCGGGGACACUUGUCUUUAUUUUGGACAGGAUGGAACUGUACAUCAGAGUACAGAAUGGAUUCAGACGGGUUUAUCUGGCAGACCAUGUUCAGGUCAAUGGAGGUGUAAGGGGCAAUGAAGUCGCUGAAGUGGAGAAUGUUCCAGUUGUUCCCUAUCCACCAGUAAACACCAGACCCUUUGGAGAAAACACCUACAAUCAGCUUACCAACAUAAGUCCACAGGAUCCACACUAUAGUAGACAUGCUACUCCUGGGCCACAGGCAGAGACUGGAGGAGGACAUGUUAAUUAUGAAAGGCCACGUCUAAGCCUUCCUGAAAAUGUACCCGCUGUGAGUCACAAUCAUCAGUACUUGGGACCUGCUCUUCACCUGAUUGCUCUAAAUGCACCUCUGUCUGGCGAUAUGCGUGGAAUUCGAGGUGUGGACUUCCAGUGUUUCCAGCAAGCGAGGUCAAUUGGACUCAGAGGAACAUUCCGGGCAUUCCUGUCCUCAAAACUGCAAGAUUUGUACAGCAUUGUCCGUAAAGCAGACAGGACAUCAGUACCUAUCAUCAAUCUCAGGGAUGAAGUGCUUUUUGAUAGCUGGGACAGCCUCUUCAAUGGUCAUCAAGCUCAGUACAAUACCAAUGUUCCAAUUUACUCCUUUAGUGGUCGGGACAUCCUCCGGGACUCUACUUGGCCUCAGAAGAAGAUCUGGCAUGGCUCUGACGUAAAGGGUCGCAGACUCACAGAGAGCUACUGUGAGACCUGGAGGGCAGAACACCAGGCAGUGACUGGACAGGCCUCUUCACUACUGAAUGGCAGGCUUCUUGAACAGCAGCCCUCCAGCUGUAAUAAUGCCUUCAUCGUUUUGUGCAUUGAGAACAGUUACUUGCAACCCUUGAAGAAAUAAUCUCCCGAUUUUAGCACACAAGCAGGGUAUAUGCACUGUCGAACCUUUUCUGAUGCACAGAGUUUUAUACUCUCCAAGUCGUGCUCUUGCCAUUUUCUCUGUUUCUUAACGUGUUGAAUCAAAACUGAAAAGAAAAGGCCAAAGACUGAUUUCUAAUGAAACCUCUGGUGCUGAGCUUUGGCCCUGUUAUGUCCUGGUUGGCAGGAGCUGCCAUGCUAAAAUACUAACUUGGGGCCACAAAGAAUGCUAUUUUUGACUUUAUGUAUGUGGCAAUCUCUACCACUUUGUAUAUGAAAUGUUUUGUGUAUACUUUUUUAAGAUUUCCUUGAUAUUUAACCAAUUUGUAGUUUGUUUUUGAAGUUUUCUUUAUUCUGUUGUAUGACUGCAGCUUACUUUGUUAUACAGGAUUUCCUAAAGUUUUCUUUCCUCCCUUUCCUGUUGUAGAGCAGAUAGUGUUUUCCUCACUCAGCUGGUAUGGCACAUAAAAGGAUUGGAUGUAUUUGUACAUCUAAAAAGCAGCAUCUAAAACCAGAAAAAUAUUCUGAAACUACUGAUUUUUUUUUUAGGAGAUGUCUGAAUUAUGUUAACUGAAUGCAUAAAGUGUUUUGUUCUUUGUUCUGAGUAGAGUGUACACAUCACAUUCUGAAGUAACAUGCUUACAGGGAAGUCCCACUCAUGCAUUCAGUUCUGUAUUAAGAGCCGCUUUGUCUGAGGCUACAGUGAUGUGAAUCAUUUAAAAAAACAGCACUUGUAGUCUGACACUGCAGGUUGUUGUUUUUUUUUUAUUUGUCCAGUUGUGCUAAUGCCAUAUACUCCAGUCCUGGAAUCCUUUCAUCACCAUUCCAUCAGUGAUUACAUUUGCUGCUGUUUAGCUCCUAUAAGGUUAUUUACUAGCAUUAAGUAACUGCACCCAAGCAACAGUGGACAGACCACUGCCUUCUUGCAGUAGCUUCCUGUUAGUGUUGUAGUUGGCAGCAAUCAAGUACUGUCCAAGCUGUUAUUUCAGACAUGCCUGUGGGAGCUGUGAAGGAUAGCUUUCAUGUUAUUACCAGAGUUUUAUACCACACAGUGGAUUUAGAGUCUUAGCAGUGUCUCCCACAUUGCAGUGUUGCCUACUGCUGGUCGCGUUGCUGUUCUUUAGUAAAUAUAAAAUUUGGGCUGUAAAACAGCCAUUUCUAUCCUUCCACUAAAGUAAUUACACUGACCAGAUAAAUUAUUGAAUACCAUGUGUGUUGCACGCAAAUUAUUUAAAGAAGUACCCAAACAGACAAGUACUUUUAAAUGUGAGAUCUGCCAUUCUUGUUGUGUUCCAUUUUACAUGGUUUAAAACUGCCCCCACACUAUGUUCUAUUUAGUAAAAAAUACUAAAAUCAUUUUGAUAUGUAUAUAAAAAGUAUUAAGCAUAAAAAAAUUCAGUUUUCAGAAUUUGCUUAGUACAAUACGAGUUUUGAUUAAACUGUCACCAACAUAUUCAGCCUUAUUUUCUCAUAGAUAUAUGGUUUUGUCAAGGGAAAAAGUAGAACAGGUCACCUUGCAGUAGUUACCCACCCUGUUUUGUAUACCAAAAUCAUGUUUCUUGCUGUAAAUUCAGAUAAUUCAGUACUUCAGACCUGCUUGCAGGAAGAAGCAAAAUUGCACUUUUCCAUCAUGAAACGAUAGCUGUCAUUAAGUUGAUUUGCUGAAGAAAAGGCAUGUACUUAUUGUACUAUUGAUUGUUAAUAUAUGCAUGUCCAGAACCAGCUAGUUUACAUGUAUUAGUCCUAGGACUGAAAUCUUAAUCCAUUACUGUUUUGUGCUACACUUUUUCUGGUGGGCAUUUAGCAGUUAAGUACCCGCAUUCGUUAGCAGAGAAUGUUCUGUGGCAAAUGUAAAGUUGUAAGCUGAGUUAAAAUGGGUAUUUUCUUUGGGGGGAGGGUCUUCUUUUUAGGAGGUGGGAAGGCUUCUGGUAUUCUACUUUCCCUUAAAGCAGAAAACCAAGGAAAAUUAAUUAGUCUGCACUUGACCAAGACUGUUUUUUCUACAAGUUUACAUACACUUGUAGGGUGAAAUACUGUUUUUUUAUAAAAUAAAAAUGAAAGAACUUUGCUUACUGCAUAACUGCAUUUUUAAAGAAUAGAUAAUACAUGUUCACAGAGGUGGAGUGUGGCUCACCUAGCAUAUGUGCUUUCGGACAGCAGUCCCCUUCCAGAAUAUUCCAAUCAUAGUUGUGCUUGGCACACUUUCAGCCUGAGCCUGUACAGAUCAUGCUACAUUUGUGCACUCAUUUGCUAAGUGGUCAAAAUGCCAGUUUUUAUUGAUUUUAACGGAAAUUAAUUUCAAAAUUCAUCCCAGCGAUAUACUAAUCUACUGAUAAAAUUGUGUUUACUCUGAUCAAUUUGUGACCACGAUGCAGUGCAGUUGCAGGGAAUUAUUUAAUCACUUCCAUUUGAAGUUGUACAUGCUUUCUGCUGAAGCUAUAUUUACACACUUUCAUGUUGUGCUGGAUUCUGUGGAUUAAAACAAACAGUAGAUGACUUUGUUAACAGAACAUUGUUACAGUAAAGCCUAUAAACAUUGCUCUGAUUUAACAAAACUGAAUUUAAGUCAUAAAAAUAUCUGAAGUUAGAACAGGGAAUAGCCCAGCACCAUUCGUGGUGUAGUAAAUUCAGAUAGUGUUUUAACUUCUGUUUUAGAGUAAGUUCCCUAAGAAGGUCAGUUUUAUUGGAAAAGUUUAAUUUAAAUGUUUUAAAACAAUUUGUUUGUAUUGCAACAGAUGCAUUUUCUUUGAACAGACUCAGAGCAAUCUAUGUUCAUUUUUACAUGUCAUAUACAUAAAAUUUAGAAAUGCCUGUUACAUUUAAUAAGAUACGUGGAUACUAAUGAAAAUAUAACAGUAAACCAGGAUGUGAAUUUGUGCUACUACUGGGGGAACUGGUGGGUAAAAACAGUAGCCCUUUGGAAUAACAUUGUAGUAUCAAGUUAGAGUGUUUGAUUUCAGUUUUUUGGCUAUUCAGAACCAGCUAAGAUGACAUGCAUCAGUUAUCGAGCGUGUGGCUUAGUUUCCCGUUCUUGUUCUUGGCCGGGGACCAUGAAGCUGUAAGGCCGUAUUUGCCUGUCAUUUCACACUGAGUGCCUAGCAAUGCCACUGCACGCAGCUAUAUGUUGUGGAUCAUUAAGUGAAUGUAUUUGUCUAUUGUCCCUCAUCUCCCCAGCAAUCACUGUUUUGUUUACUUGAAGCUGCCAUCUAGACUAUAAUGUGGAUGUCUCCACUGUUUUAAAUUCUACUGUUAACUGUUUCCUGAAUGCACUGAUUAAAGGAUCAGAAUUAUAAUAA